UGUCAGUACGAGCAGGAAAGCACGACUACACAGUUAUCCAUCCGGACGAGACCCAAGGCAUAAUUAAGAUCAAACUUCACUCUAACAUUAGCAGAAUUAUCCAUCGUUUCACAGAGUAUCGGUCAAACAAACAGAAUACAACAGAAAUAAGAUCUUGAAUCAAUCAAUUUUCUCGCAAAUGACGAAUUUUGUUUGUAGUAAUCGUAAAAGAAUACUAAAAUGCCAAUCAGGUGUUAUAAACUGAGUGUUGUCUAGUGCAAACUAUGUAGGAGCACAGAAGGAAUUUAAAAUUCAAUUCUAUAUACAUAUCAAAUUUAGCUUUCAGUACUGAUACGAAAAUUGCUUGUUAUAUUUCAAAUUUGAGAUGGCACUUGCAGAAUUAGUCGGGGCUUUUGUCAUUGCCCUGAGCAUUUUGUAUAUUUAUUAUAAAUUUGUGAUAUUUAAUUUCUGGCAUAAGAGAGGUGUUUUUUAUGUUAAACCCGUUGUACCAACUGGAAAUGUAACGAAACUUGUAACUGGAAAAUUACAAACAGGUGUGUUCUUUCAUGAUGCAUAUAUGAAAUAUAAAGUUCAUCGCGCUUUUGGAAUGUAUACAUUCUUCAAACCAAAUUUGGUAGUCGCCGAUCCCGAUCUUAUACGAACGGUGUUAACAAAGGAAUUCAAGAGUUUCCAUGAUCAUGGAAUGUAUUGCAACGAAAAGAUUGAUCCAUUAUCGGGCAAUUUGUUCCUUAUGUCUGGAAAGAAAUGGCGAAAUAUGCGCGUUCAGAUGACACCCACUUUUACUUCAGUAAAAAUAAAGCAAAUGUUUCCGAUCCUGAAGGAAUGUGGCGAACAAUUAGCAAAAUAUCUUGAAAGGAAAGCACAGAUGAGAGAUUCCGUCGAGAUGAAAGAUAUAUUUGCGAGGUAA